AUGGCGAACUCAUUAAAAGUUUCAACAAGAUCAUCAUCACCAACAAAUAAUAAUAUAUCUGAUAAUAAUGCAAAUUAUUACCAACAACAAUACGUAUCUCCACCAAAUUCUCAUUCUUAUUAUUUGGGAUGGCCACCUUAUCCACCACCAUAUCCACCAUCACAUUUAUUUUCGUAUCUAUCAUCACAAGCAUUGUCAUAUUUGCCAUCAUCAUCACAUAUACAAUUUGCUUCAACUUUAGAUGUAGCAUCACAAACUUCACAAUCUACACCUUCAUUAUCUUAUAAAAUUACAGAACCAUCUAUAAAAGAUUUUUUAGAACUUCUUGACAAAAAGUUUGGAGAAGCAAGAUAUACAAUUUAUUUACAAAAAUUUGAAGAGGAGGAAAUUACAGUAUCACAACUUGCAGAAAUUAAUCCUGAAGUUUUAUUAAAUGAAUUUGGAAUAGAAAUAAUUGGUCGUAGAUUAAACUUAAUUAAAGAAGCAAAAAAUUUUCUCUGA